AUAAUGAAUGCCAAUUGUCAAUAUCAUGGUUUAAGUAAAAUAGUAUAUUUGAUUAACACUGUGUAUUUUGAAAUUGGUUAAAUCAUUACAAUUAAAAUGAGUAAAAUAAAAACACAAACAAUUUCAGAUGAUAGGUGUCUUGUUUGUUUAGAAACAUCUUCAAAGUUAUAUCCUUUACGAGGACCAAUUGCAAAUUGUGAUGUAGAAGUUAGCACCAUGAUUACUUAUUGCACUUCUAUCGAGUUGGAUUUAUCUGAGGAUAUACCCCAAGGAGUUUGUGUGCCGUGUUUUAAAACAGUGAGAAUAGCCUACAACUUCAUUUUACAAUUUAGAGAUAAUCAUCUAAAGUUGAUUUCUAAACAAACAGAACCAGAUUUGGAGAAUGAAGUUUGUGAUAAAGACUCAGAUAGUGACAUCAAAAACGAAUUUAGUGAAAGUAGAAUAGUACAAAGCGAAGAUAACGAUGAUUCUCAACUAAUUGACGAUGAAAUUCAACAUUAUCUAGAAGGAGAACAAGAAGAUGUACUCGAUGAAAACACAAAGGAAGAAAUAAUCGAAUACGAAGAAGGGGAUAACCAGGAAGUUGUGCCGGAUCAACAAGAACUUGAAGAAUAUGAUCAACGAGAAAUUGACAUGGAAAAUAUGAAUAUACAACCGGUCACUGUAAAAGUUAUAAGACAAGUCCCUUCGUCACCUAAACAACCGCAAACUGUACUUAGGAGAAGAAUUAACAUUCGAUUUGCUUGCCCGGUUUGCCCUGGUAUGUUUUUCGCUUCAUUCGAAAGCGGACUUGUGCCCCACAUGUCUUUACACAGCGAAUAUUUCAAUUGUAAUAUCUGUUCGGAUAAUGCUGAAUUAUAUAACGGCGACUCUUUUCUAAAUCAUUAUAUGGGACUCCACAGAUACCAAUGUCCGUAUUGUGGGAAAAGUUUUAAUAAAACGGGGACCUUAACGGCACAUAUAAAGACCCAUUACAGGUUUAGGUUCCAUUGCAGUCAUGACGGUUGUCCAAAAUCAUUUCCAACGCAAUGGAGUUUGAAAAAACACGAAGCGGUACAUUCCAAUUCUUGUGAGUUUUCGUGUGCGGAAUGUAACAUGGAAUUUAAAACUUACGAUACUUUUAUGUAUCACCAGAAAAAGCACGGCGGAAGGAAGUUCUUGUGCAUGUGCUGCGGUAGAACUUUCUUGCAGUCUGUACAUUUGAAGUACCACAUGCAACAACAUACUGGAAUAAAGCAUUUCAAGUGUAAUUUUUGCGUUAAAAGUUACACUUCGUCGUCUCAGUUGAAGAAACAUAAAAGGCGACACCAUCCCGAGCAAAUGGAAGCAACGGAGAAUUCGUCGUUUGUAGUAGACAUUUUGUAGGUACUCAAACUUGUAAAUUUGAAAUAAAUAAAUAAUUUCUUCAAUGAAUAAA